UCUACCUUUUUGUUGUAUCUCCUUUGUGUCAUUUCUAACAAAUGGGGAAGCAAUUAAGCAUUGACAUCGCUGAUGUGCUUCCGAGUUAAGAAUUUUUAUUGGUUCUUUUCUUAUGUUUGAUUAUGGUCGCUCUAAGUGAGAAAGUUUUUACAAAAAAAUUUGCAAAACCAUACAGAAAAUGAUGACUGGACACUAAGUGUUUGAUGAAAAGCUUCAAACAAACAUGUUUCUGUUCAUCAUCAUGUGCUUCUUCACAUAUUUUUUACUUGUUUUCUUGUAUCAUUAUCAUUUCCUUUCUUAUAUUCUUAUUAAACUUCACUGAUACUGGUUUGGAUGAUUUUUUGCAGUUGUUAUUGUUAUUCAUGAUUUUGAGGCAAAUUACUGCGGAAGAUUUCAGCGGUUACAUCAACAAGCUUAGACCAGUGAGACUUAGAAGAAUAGAAAGAGGGCUAAAGACAGAGCACGUCACAUUACCCUAUCAAGGCCUGUAACAGACCCUCAUUUUUCAAGGUGAUGAUAGGAGAUUUUGGAAAAAGGCUUAAGGUGCCAGUAAAUUUCGUCGGGAACUUUAACGGGAUGAUACCAUAUGAUUCGAUACUUCGAAGUCCAUCAGGAUGUUGGAAUGUGAAGGUUAGAGAAGAAGAAGAUGGUGGUUUGUCUUUCUGGAAAGGGUGGCCUGAUUUUGCUGAAGCACAUUGUUUACAGGAGGGGGAUUUUGUUACUAUGAAGUAUAUUGGCAAUUCACAGUUUGUUGUUACGUUGUAUGGUAAUAAUGGAUGCGAAAAGGUAUUGUCUCCUACGGGCAGCAAUGGCGUAAAAUCGAUUCCCUCAAGGAAGAGGAAAGAAUGUGGAGAAACAAGUAAGGGAAAAUUUACUGGUAAUGGUUCCGAGUAUGAUCAGCAUAAGUAUCAUGCAGGUGAUAUUGGAAGAUAUUCGCUUAGUACUGACAAAAAGAAAUGUGAGUUGUUUAAAUGCGAUUCACUAAAGAGAAAAGCAGCUAUCAUUGAGGGAAGGACAGGGGCUAAUCAAACAGAGUUGUUCGCAUAAAGGGAAACCGUGUUUUAUCGUUUCUUGGACAGAGAAUAAGAAAUAUCAAACGGCGAGAUUUCUUGUAUCAUUUUUCUGAUGCUGCAACCAACUGAAUGACAAUGUUGUUCAUCAUGGUGUUAAUGUAAUUUCUUAUAGUUAGUAAUCUAUGAAUUCUACUGCAAUCGAGUUUUAUUAUAUAAUGAUGGUUUAUGUCUCCGGCAGGAGAUUCCUAAAAAGGUAGUAAGAAAAAAUAGGAAGUUUCUUGUAUCAGAUAUUGUUGCUCUGAAAAGCGCUAA